UGAGGUAUUAGUGCAAGAUGAUAAGAAGUGGGAUCGAGUUUGGAGCACAGAUGAAAUUCGAAAAAAUAGCGCUAACUGGACUCUUGCUGGAGAUGUUGGGAUGGUAUCUGUAAAAGUAAACAACAUUAUGAAUGAUUUUCACAUGCUCUCAAAUCUGCAAUUUGUGGAAAAUCGUGUGUAUGAUGAAGAAGUACAAGAAUCUGUACCAGAUACAAAGCCAGUUGAAAAAACGAAAGAACAAAGGGAAGCAGAAAUGUUACCGAAAAUUGUUAAGGCACUAGAAUUGGGAAUGUCUGUUCUAGACAAAGCUUUCAACAAAAUAAAUGUGAAUGAAAUAUCCGACAGUGAAGAUGAAGAUAUGUCUUCUGAAGGUCGCACUAUACUGGAACCUAAGAAUCCAUAUGAGAAUCGUCCCUUACCAUUUAUAAUCGGCUCUGAGGAGUUCAUGUCUGAUGAAUAUGCUGGUUUGAAAGAUUUAAUACAAGAAGAUGUUGAAUCUUCUGUAGAAUCAGAAAGCAGUUCAUCAGAUUCCGAUGAAACAUCAUCUUCAGAGGAUGAAUUACCAUUAGAUGAUGGCAAAUUCUCUGGAAUUCCAACACCCAGGAAAGAAGCUGAAAGUAUAAGCGAUCGCUAUUCAUCUAGUGAAGAAUCUGAACUUUUUGGAGUAGAGAAAGAAUCAAACGGCUUUAUUUCGGAUUCUUCAAUAGAUGUUAAACCUAGAGAAGUGCAAAAACCUGCUGAGGAACCUAAGACAGCUGUCAGGGACUCGAGGCAGAGCUCUGUGUCUUCCUUGCAAUCCAAACUCAAUCUUCCUCAAGUGCUGCCAACACCCAAACAUGCUCAAAAGAAAAAAGAAAGCGAAGGUUUGUUUACAAAUGAUGAUGAAUUUUCUGAUGAAGAUUCACCUUUUCGAAGGAAGACUGGAUUGUUUGCAUCAGAACCUCGAUUUGAUGAUGAUAAGGAUAUGUUUGCUAAUGACUUAUUUGGAACCAAAACUAAAGAAGAUACGAAGUCAGUGGAAAAUCCUAAAGCUACCCCUUCUCAAAAGCUACCAUCUGCUGUGCCUAAAAGCAAAGAACCUGACUUAUUUGGAGACGAUGAAGAUAGUGACGAUGAUAUUUUCAAUAAAUUAACUCGAGCAAAGAAACCAACUCUUCCCAAAGAGAGCUUUAUAUCAACAUUAGAGUCACCUGACAAGGCAGAUAGUUCCUCAACUCCAUCAUCAGCACCAUCCGUUAAACCAUCGGGUAAUGCCUUUGAUUUUGGAACUGGAUCUGGAAAUGCUGAUGCUCUUUUUGGUGAUGAUUCUGAUGGAGAUGAUUUGUUUUCUUCUAAAAAGACUAUUACUACAAAGAAAUUUGAUUUUGAUGAUGACGAUGAUGAUGAUUUGUUUGGUUCAGGAAAUAAAAAGAAAGCUAUUAAAACUGAAGCACCAGAAAAGAAGAAACCUUCUGAAAAUGAAAAAGUACCUCCAGUAUCAGAACCUGUUAGCAAAGAAAAAUCUUACAAGAAAAUGGGAAUGCCUCUACCAGGGCUUGUUGCAAAGAAGCCAAAAGAUUCUAUAUUUGAAGACAGUGACAGCUCUGAACAGGGGGAUAAGAAAACUAAUAUUCUGCCUUCAACUCGGCCCACAAAAGAAAAGAAAGAAAUUAGCUUGUUUGAUGAUGAUGACGAUGAAGAUGAUAUCUUUAGUCAGAAACCUAAACUCUUUUCACCGGGAAAAUCUCCUUCAGUUAAAAAUAAACCUGAAGAUUCCCCUACAGUCAAAACUGAAAAAGUAGUUACGAAGAAAGAAACUCCUCCUGUGAAAGAAACUGCCCCCAGUCUAUUUGACGGUUUUGAGGAGGAUGAUAAGGCUAUGUUUCCUGUACCCACAAAGAAAGCUGAUACAUCUUUGUUUGAAGAGAGUGAUAGUUUUGAUCUGUUCAAACCAAAAGCUGUUGAGAAGCAAAAGAAAGAAACUAUCAAACCUUCACCUACAACAAAGGAUGAUACGCCCGUGUUUUCCUCAGAAGUUACUAAAAAAGCUGAUACUUCCUUAUUUACAGAAAGUGAUAAUUUCGAUCUAUUCAAACCAAAAACUGUCGAGAGACAAAAGGUAGAGCCCCCUAAAUCUGCCCCCACACCUGUUUCCAAACCUAGUGAAGCUUCUCUUUUCAGUAGUGCAGAUGAAUCUGAUGGGGCUACUUCUACUAAAUUAGCUAAAUCAUCAUCACCUGUUAAAACUGCUCAAGAGGCUGAAGAUGGUGUUCUGGGAUUUGAUGUCCCUGCAGAUAGUUCGAAAACAUUGAAUGUGAUCAGCAAAGAUAGAGUCAAAAUAGCAUCGAAGAGAAGAAAACCUACCAGAAAAGGUCGCCUGGCGGCCAUAGAGAGCAGCGAUACGGACAAAGUGUCUGACGAGCCCACAUCUUCUGCCCCAACUAAAAGCAGCCUUGGUCCCAGUGAUGACCUGUUUUCAAAUGAAGAGCCAGAAACUCAUCCAACUCCAAAACCUGCAUCAAUCCAUAAGUCCCAGGAAAAAAAGAAAAUGGACCUCAUGUCCCAACUCAUGAGUGAAGCAGCAUCUUCCAAAGUUCUAAAAAAAACACCCAAGAAAGUUGAGGAGGAAGAGGAGGAGGUGGUGGACAUAUUUGCCGAACUGGAUGGAAAACGAGAUGCAAAGAGUCAGUCCUUUUCUUUUAAAUCUCCCAUCGAAAGCACCGUCAAGAGCAAGUCUGAUUUUGUCGAUGACGAUAAACCAAACGAAGAAGAAGUCAGUAGUGUUUUGGUUUCUGAUGAGGCAGAAGAUGAUUUCUUUAGUGAACCCUCUUUUAGAAAAUUUAGCAGCAGCAUACCAAAGAAAGAUCCUAUAUUAGAUAUGGAUGAUGAUGACGAGGACGACCUCUUUAGCAUCAAACCAAGCUCUACCCUCAAACCGAAGACAGAUGCUUCUGAUGUUGACAUAUUUGCGGAUGAAGCUGACAUAUUUGCUGACCUGCCAAAAGAGAAAUAUGAAAUGUUCCCGAGUCAGCUGUAUGACGAUGAAGAUGAUGAUGACAUAUUUAGCAGCUUAGGACCAUCAUCUAAUAAAGUUGAUAAAUCUGCUAAAGCUACAGUUCCAGUUAAAAAAGAAACUGAGAAGAAAGUUGUUAAAGAGGUUGAAAAGAAACCUGCAUUUGAAGAUCCUUUGACAGGAUUAUUAGGCGGAGAUUAAGAUUGAAAGACUUUUUUAGUAAUUAAUUAAAUUUUGUAAUUUAUAAGAGUAAAUUAUUGAAAACCAAAUUUGUACAUUUGUGUAUAGUUUGCUUUGUAUAUAAUAUAAAUUUUGUAUACUAAAUUUUUAAAUUUGAUUAUUGUAAAAAUCAGCUUUGCCACUGAUCACUUUGCACAUUUUGUAAUUACUUGCAAAUUAUAAAAUUUGAGACUACUUAAUAAUUAUCUUUAAUAGAGUGUAAUCUAUGUAACGGGUUCAUUAGGCUAAUUGGAAAAUUGGGCUCUUUGCUGGGUGUUGUCAUUUUGUAGAUGUGCUAGGGAAAUUUGAAAGUUUCCAGUAUUUUCUAAUCAGACUAAGAGGUUUUAGGAUUAUUUUACUAAGCUAUCAUAACUUUAGGAUAAUUCGAGAAUAUAUCUUCUAUUAAAGAAGUUCCCAAAAAGUGUUCCAUGGGGUUACAUGGAAGGGUUCAUAAGGUAGGAUCUUUUUUUUUAAAUAUCUUUUCAUAACUUUGGAAACCUGUCAUUAUAUUUAGAUCUGAAAAAUAAUUCUUCAUUUAAUAUUUCGUUUUUAAUAGAAUUUUUAUUGUAAGUAAAAAAAAGGGCAAAAUUUAAGCAAAAUUAAUUUUAAUAAAUAAUAUAUUGAAUU